CGAGAGUCUCGCCUAAUUGCAAAUCCAGGACACUUAUUUGCGUUAUGGAUAGGAAAACAGUGAUCGGCGUGUGCCUGAUGGCCCUUGUGUCUUUACAUACGAUUCAGCAAGUUUCUGCGUCGAAACUUCUGAGACUUAUCCUGAGUCAACUGAGACCAUCCGAAUGUGAUAGCUUCAUUUCCCCUGAGAAUAUUGAUGCACUGCCACCUCAACUGCAAUCUCUACUACCACCUCAACUGCAACCUCCACUGCCACCUGUACUGCCACCUGUACUGCCACCUGUACUGCCACCUCAACUGCCACCUUUACAGCCAAACGAGGGCCUAAAUUUAAUAGAGGAAUUGUUGCGUAUUCGACGUUUACUCGAACAAGGUUGUAGGCCUCUAAAUUUGUCGCCAUUGGGCACAGAAGUUAAUUAUCCACCGAGCAUUUCGCAAGCAGAAUAUGCGGGUCUGUUAAAUAAUUAAUGGCGUACUUUUUAAACAAUAAGAUGACGAACCUUAAGCUCGAUUGUUCUAUCCUUGCACAUGAUACUGCUAGAAUAUAAUAUUUUACACUCGCAUGUAGAUUGUUAAAUUAUUCAGAAUCAAUUUGUUAUAUCUAUAUUAUAUAAUUAUUUAUUUACUAGUAUUUGGUAUCGAAAUAAGUGUUAUUCAAUUAUACAUCGGUUAAACUAUCAUACAAAGAAAUUAUACAAAUGUAACAAAAUAAAAUCGUAUCUGAUAAAAUAAUAUUUUCUUCAAUUUCGAA